AUGCAAUCCUCUGCAGCAAGCGGAGCAUUCUGGAACGAUACUCUUCAUUUUUUCUUUAGCUUUGCUACUGCUGUGGUCCACGAAGACUCAUGGUGGACCACAUCGCCCAAGCUCCUGAGCGACGAAACGAGCACGUCACAUGAAAUCACUGGCCUAUUUCAAAAUACCGAGAAAGACUGCAUUGUAUUUUGGGACUCCCAGACUGGGACGGCCGAAGGAUUUGCUUCUCGAUUUGUCAAAGAGGGCAAGAGUCGAUUCAAGCUCCAAUUGAUAACUGCCGACAUUCAAGAGUACGACUUCACCUCUCUCGCCGAAGUCUCAUCUGACAAAGUCGUCAUCUUCUUUCUUGCCACUUAUGGAGAUGGCGAGCCCAAAGGAGACUAA